GCCCCAAGCCGCCCGUAGCCCCGCGGGAGGAUGUCGGAGGAUCACGAGAUGGACAAGAUGAUCAAGGAAACCUCCAUUUUAGAGGAGUACAACAUUAAUUGGACUCAGAAGCUGGGAGCUGGGAUCAGUGGUCCUGUUAGAGUCUGCGUGAAAAAAUCCUCUCAAGAACGCUUUGCACUGAAAAUUCUUCUUGAUCGUCCAAAAGCUAGAAAUGAGGUACGUCUGCACAUGAUGUGUGCAACACAUCCAAAUAUUGUUCAAAUUAUUGAAGUUUAUGCUAACAGUGUGCAGUUCCCACAUGAAUCCAGCCCAAGGGCUCGGCUCCUAAUUGUAAUGGAGAUGAUGGAAGGGGGAGAGCUAUUUCACAGAAUCAGCCAGCACCGGCACUUUACUGAGAAGCAAGCAAGCCAAGUAACAAAGCAGAUAGCUUUGGCUUUGCAGCAUUGCCACUCACUAAACAUUGCACAUAGAGACCUCAAGCCUGAGAAUCUCCUCUUCAAGGAUAACUCUCUGGAUGCACCUGUUAAAUUGUGUGACUUUGGAUUUGCCAAAGUAGACCAAGGUGACUUGAUGACACCACAGUUCACUCCAUAUUACGUAGCACCUCAGGUAUUGGAGGCACAAAGACGGCAUCAGAAAGAAAAAUCUGGUAUUAUCCCCACCUCUCCAACACCUUACACUUAUAACAAGAGCUGUGACUUGUGGUCCCUGGGUGUCAUUAUUUACGUGAUGCUGUGUGGAUACCCUCCGUUUUACUCCAAACACCACAGUCGGACAAUUCCAAAGGACAUGCGGAAAAAGAUCAUGACAGGAAGUUUUGAAUUUCCAGAGGAAGAGUGGAGCCAGAUCUCAGAAAUGGCGAAAGACAUUGUGCGAAAGCUGCUGAAGGUCAAACCUGAGGAACGGCUGACCAUUGAAGGUGUGCUGGACCAUCCCUGGCUCAACUCCACCGAAGCACUUGAUAACAUCCUACCCUCUGCCCAGCUGAUGAUGGACAAGGCAAUGGUUGCAGGGAUACAACAGGCUCAUGCAGAACAGCUUGCGAACAUGAGAAUCCAAGACCUCAAAGUCAGUCUCAAACCCCUUCACUCCGUCAACAACCCAAUCCUGCGCAAAAGGAAAUUACUGGGGACUAAGCCAAAGGAUGGUGUCUAUAUCCAUGACCCUGAGAAUGGAAGUAACGAUUCCAACGUGGCUCUGGAAAAGCUCAGAGAUGUGAUUGCUCAGUGCAUUCUACCACAGGCUGGUAAAGGAGAGAAUGAAGAUGAGAAGCUGAAUGAAGUGAUGCAGGAGGCGUGGAAGUAUAAUCGAGAGUGUAAGUUGCUGCGAGACACUCUUCAGAGCUUCAGCUGGAAUGCCUGGGAGGCAGUGAACAUGGCCUCAAGCCAGACACAGCCAAGGUGUGCCCCAAUGGGUAGAGGUGUUCUUCUCCUCGGACUGGGCUUCUCCUUCCUGCUCCAAGGGCUCCUGCUGCCCUGCACAGACUGCAGUCCCCAGCCCUCUUGGGGCUACACAGCCUACGAGAUAGUCAUUCCAAGGAAACUUGGCCCCAAGAUAGGGAAAGCCAGCCAGGACCAAGUGUCCUAUGUCAUCAGCAUUCAGGGGGUUAAUUACACGAUUCACCUCAGGCAGAAAGACUUUGUAAUAAAAAAAUUCCCCGUAUUCACUCGUGACUCCCGAGGGGAAAUUGUGGCUGAACAGCCCCAUGUGCCAGCAGAUUGCUAUUACCACGGCUAUGUGGAAGGCAUCCUGGACUCUGCAGUGACUCUGACUACCUGCUCUGGGCUCAGAGGACUGCUACAGAUUGGAAACUCCAGCUACAGCAUCGAGCCCCUGGCAGCUUCCACCACGGCUGAGCAUCUUCUGUUGCAGAGGGAGAAAGCGGUUCCUGGAACGGUGAUGUACAAAAUUCCCAACGAAGGUGGACAAUUUCCAGGUCCCAGUACAGCAACAGGGCGGUUCCAGCUCCAGAGGCAUACGCGGUAUUUGGAGCUCCUUGUUGUGGUGGACAAGGAAGGUUUUGAUGCCUUUGGCAGAAGUAUAACUAAUGUGACACUGGAAGUUAUUGAAAUAAUCAAUCUGGUGGAUGGACUGUUUUACUCUUUCCGCCUUCGUGUCUUGAUAACUGCAUUAGAGGUUUGGGUGGAGAAGAACCCAAUCAGUGUUACCAAAAACAUAACACAGGUCCUUCACCAUUUUAAUCUUUGGCAGAAGCAGCAAAGGCUUACAUAUGCCAUGCAUGACGUGGGCUGUCUAUUUGCCUCUAUGGACUUUGAUCAUGGUACGAGAGCAUUGCACAUGGGUGGCAAAUCCAACUUUGCCAGUGCAUGUGAUAGAGAACGUGCCUCUGCUGUUGUAUCAUUUGCAAAACGGCCUUACAUGGACACUGCUGUCCAUGUUGCUCGUGUGUUAGGGUAUGUCCUUGGCAUGGAGCAAGAUGACAGAUACUGCAGAUGUGGAAACACCUCUAAAUGCAUCAUGAGUGCACAAGGCACAGUGAACUAUCAAUUCAGCAACUGCAGCAAAAAGCACUAUUUUGAUUUUAUAGUAUCAGGGCAAGGAUUCUGCCUUAAUAAUGCCCCGGAAUUGGUAAUGACAUUUGCACUGCAGCGCUGUGGGAAUGGUGUCCUGGAGGUUGGGGAGGAGUGUGACUGUGGCUCAGAAACGCAGUGUAAAUUGGAUCGUUGUUGUGACAAUACCUGUCAAAAAAAAAAGGGAGCCAUUUGCACUUCUGGAGACUGCUGCAAGAAUUGCAGACCUCUUCCUGAAGGACAACUGUGUAGGGAGAGUUCUGAUCUGUGUGAUUUGCCUGAGUAUUGCAACGGGACAUCUGAGCACUGCCCAGCAGAUGUGGCCAAGCAAGAUGGGACUGUGUGCACUGAGGAUGGGUACUGUUAUUCAGGCAAAUGCCAAUCUCACACGUUACAGUGUAUGAGUAUCUUUGGCAAGGAAGCAAAGUCUGCUCCACUACCAUGUUUCCAGGAGGUGAACAUGAAAGGCGAUCGGUUUGGCAAUUGCUGGGGAGAUGGGGCAGAUGUCAACUUUCAGAAAUGUAAGCUAGAAAACGUCCUGUGUGGGAGGGUGCAGUGUACAAACGUUAGACGUCUACCUCAGCUGGAAGAUCACACAACCAUCAUUCAAACCCCGGUGGGUGGUACUUGGUGUUGGGGUACAGACUACCACUUAGGUGUGGACAUCCUGGAUGCUGGAGUCAUUAAGGACGGCAUGCGGUGCGGUGAGACGAAGAUCUGCAUUAAUCGGACGUGUGUCCCUGAGGAGAAGUAUUUGACAUCCCGCUGUUCUGCCAAGAGAACAUGCAGAGGAAAAGGUGUCUGCAACACUAGAGGUAACUGCCACUGUGACAAUGGCUGGGCACCUCCCUACUGCCAGUUUAUUGGCUUUGGAGGCAGUGUUGACAGUGGGCCUGCGCCGGUCACUAAAAAGGGGCUUUUUAGGUUCCUCAUCGGGAUGACUGUAAUAACUGUUGCUGUUCUGGCGCUCGCAGCACUUGUCAUUGUGCAUGUGAGAAUGCUCAGAGUUACCCAAGUAUUAAACAGAAUUGUUGGAUGCUUUUGGGCUAGGGAACAGGCUCCUGAGGAGGAUGUGAAGGACCAGGUGGAAGAAGACGGCUCAAAAUCAGCUGAGAGUCAAAAAUCCCCUGUGUAGGACUUCAUGUGGCAGCAGUGGAAAGCUGGACUCAGUCAGUUGCUAGAUUCAGACUCCAGCUGUGGUGGACUCAUUUAAAACUGAUCUAGAUGCAAGUGUAGAGUUAGGAGACCUAGUUUUUAUUCUGUAGAAUAGCAAAAUGAAGUUGUUUUGCUUGACUUCACGCCAUAGGAGAAAAAAAAGUUAUUGACAAAAAUGAUAGGGGCACUCAGGUUAGUUUAAAAUCUGCCUGCUGGUUUACACUGAUAGACACAGGCUGAGCAAAGAGGAUCCUGGGGUGGCUGAGGCAGAGCCUGUGCAAGGCAAGAGCAACAGUUGUGUCUCAGCCCAGAGCAUGGGGGUCUGCAGCAGCAAGUCCACCUCUCCACCAAACAUGCAGUUCCCAAAGGACACCUGCUCUUCCCUCUGCGCAAAGAAACUCCACUACGGCUCAUAGGAAGGGGUUCAAACUGUCCACACCACUGUAUAGGACUCUUGUCUCCACACCCUAUAGCCGCCUCCUCCGGAGCUGGGGUCCCAGGCAGAGUGCCCACCUUCAAGCCCAUCCCGGGCAUACCUGAGCACCUCCUCUGCAGCACUGCAGCCCAGGAACAAACACGAGCUGCUGAAAACAUCAGGUGAAGUUAAGCGGGAGACAAGAGGAGGGAAGAAAGGGCUCUGAGUCUUGACUACAGGAGAAGAAGAUGUGAAAUAUAUCUGAAAGGAAAUAGGGAAAGAAGAGGGAAAAAAAAUCAUUACUGCUCACGUCGGUGGCCUCUGUGCAAAGUACAAAGCUGGCAGGAUCAUUUGGACAGGAGCUUGCAGGAAGGCUUUGAGCAGCUAAAGAAACUGUCAGCAGCAUCCAAUCCCUGCCAGGCUGAGCUGACAAAAAAGCCAGGCUGCUGCAGAGGUGUCUACACAAGCUGGAAGCAGUGGGUGCAGGAGCAGCACGGAAGCAGAACAAGGAUAGUGCCAAAAAAAAAAAAAAAGAAAAAAACCCCAAACAUUUCAGCACUUCCCAAAGAAGCAGAUAAAUGCUGGGGAGGAGCACUUCAUCCUAGAAAAGGGCAUUUACCCCACUGGAAUGGGCUAUUGCUCCCCUCCAGGCAGAGCUGGUUAAUGAUAAAUUCAGAGCUGCAGAUAUUGCUACCUGCAGGUGCUCAUGUGCAGCUGGUGGUUAGCAUAGAAUUGUAUGAAAUGUGUUUUUCUGUGUAUAAAAAGCUGUGCCUGACAUCUGACAGGCACAAGUCAGGUGUGGGGGGGUAACCACUGAUCGAUGCCCUGCAGGUGGUGUUUACAGUAAGGGUCUCCAAAGAAAAUAUUAGAACAUUGGAAGUACAGGCAUAUGAUUUAUAAAUAACUAAAUAUGCAUAUAUUGGGGGUGCUCACUCAGAAUAUUUUUACUGAUAGAGGUGUGUGAUUAAGAAAAAUAUCUGGAGCCCACUAGUUUACAGACUGGCAAAGGAGAUGAGGCAGUAGCCAAGGGGCAUCAACAUUUGUUAAUUUGCUGUGAGGAGUGUUAUUGUGGUUAAUUCUCAAAUUCACGAUCCACAGGCAAUCUUUGGGCCUGGACCCCGCCUUGGGAAGGAGGAGAGGGUGGUGAGGACACAUGGCUCCCCAGAUCUCACCGAGCGGCAGGGGAGCG